CUACCACACCACGCACACCAAACCCGCGCGCCACGUUUCUCAAAAUUUCCAGCUCGUGCCUCGGCUCCUGGCGACCUUUUCACCGCAAGAAUAAUACCCUGAUAUUAAGCUAUACCCACCCCGCUUUGCCCUCGAGUGCCCCGCGUAUAGCACACGACCUCGAGCAUUUAAUGAAAGAGUGAUUCGACAAACACAUAGACUUGCGCCUACCGACUGCGAACCUUAGAAAAAGCCCGCGGGCGCCUCUUUAAUAGCCACCCAUUCCUUCGCAGCAUUCGAGUUCUCAAUUCCCAUAUCUUGGUUCCGAAACACACAUACCAUGGCCUCGUCCUCCGCCGCCGCGGGUUUGCUAGCCCGCCAGCUCAAGCAGAUGCAGAACGACAAGGACAUCCCGGGGAUAUCGUGCGGGCUAGUCGACAACAAUGUCUUCGAGUGGGAAGUUAUGCUCAUGAUCAAUGACGAGACAAAGUACUACGGCGGCGGCUUCUUCCGCGCGCGCCUCACCUUCCCCACCGAAUACCCGCUCCUGCCACCCAAAAUGCGCUUCGAAACCCCGCUGUUCCAUCCAAACAUCUACCCCAACGGCGACGUCUGCAUCUCGAUCCUGCACCCGCCCGAGGAAGACAAGUACGGCUACGAGUCGGCCGCCGAGCGCUGGAGCCCCGUCCAGACACCCGAAACCAUCCUGCUCUCCGUCAUCUCCAUGCUGAGCAGCCCCAAUGACGAGUCGCCCGCCAACGUCGAGGCCGCCAGCCUGUGGCGCGAGAAUCUGCCAGAGUUCAAGAAGCGUGUGCGGAAGUGUGUGCGGGAUAGCUUGGAGUUUGAGUAGCAUGCGCGAGAGGGUGCGGGCGGAUCGAAUGUGAUAUGUUAUGAUAUGAGAUGGCAAGAGCCUCGAUCAAGGCACAAAGUGGCAAGACGGUGGCAUCGGAUCAUGACCAGGGCCCGGAUCCAGAUAUGGAAUAUUUUUGGCGCGUCACUGACGCGGAUUGGUAACUGCAUGGUAGGAAACAAGUGCUCUACACAUUUUCUAGCAAGCGAGCGUGCAAUACAUUCAUGGGAC